GACACGCUUUAAUUAGAACUUUGAUGGAUGACCAGUGGCACGAAGAGCACUAUAAAUUGUCUGGAAUCGAGCACACUUUGAAAGCACAAUGUCUCUACAAGUGGAUGAGUCCCUCUAUCGCCGCCUGUUUCGAGAGUUUCUGCGCCAGAGUUACAUCAAUGGACUGCAUCCGUUUCUCUACCACUCACCUGUCCGUCUUGCCAAAGCUGUUUGGCUGGCCUUCCUAACCAGCCUCGUCAUCUACACCCAUAUAGUGAUUGUGAACCUGACCCAAGAGUACCUGGUGCAGCCCACGGAGAUCCACCUGUCCCCCGACCUGGUGCACGUGGCCAACAGCCCCUUUCCGGCCGUGGGCGUGUGCACUGCCAACAAGAUUAGCCAGAGGCGUCUUCGGAGCUAUGCAUUGAAAUUAUAUCAACACCAGGCCAACUCCUCCCAACGGGCGGUGGCAGAGGAUUUGGACGAUAUGGUCGAUCACCUGCUGGUGCUGGCACAGUUCUAUCUGAAUCCCCUCGAGGAGGAGAGACUUAACAUCACGGAAUUGCAGAGACUUCAUCGGCUCCUCACCAGUUACCAUGACGACAGUGGGUACUCGGUGCGCGAUAUUCUGCGCCAGCUGUCACCUGACUGCGGGGAGCUGGUGAUCCGGGGAAUCGUCUAUGGGGCGCCUGUCAACACCAGCCAAUUGUUCCUCAAGAGACCCACGUCCUCGAAUGUGUGCUGCAUAUUUAAUUAUCGCCGGGCCAGCUACUCCCAAUUUGCCGACAAACGAGCCGAAGACGAUGCAGAGAUGAGUGCGGUUCCCAAGGUGGUUUUUGAAUCGAAUUCUAUUCUAAACAGCGUCCAGUUUGUGCUCCAGGAUGUAGCAGAAGAGGAUUACACCAAGACCUUUAGAAGCAACAGUGCCUUCCAGCUUACGAUUUUCCCCCAAGAGGACUAUGCGACAGUUCAAUCCACAACUUUGGGAGAGGUGCUGGUGGAUCACAACACUAUAGUGGAGAUACCCAUCCAGCCAGUGUUCUUUAGCUCCGGAAAUGCAGUGCGUUACGUGGAGCCCGAGAAACGACGCUGCUAUUAUCCUGAAGAAGGGAGUAAGCUUUUAAAUCAGUCCUAUUACUCCCUGGACGAGUGCCUUUUGGUGUGCCGCAGCAAGAGCAUGAUGGACCACUGUGGCUGCGUCUCCCCGCCCAUGGUGGGCAGUCCCAUGGCAGUCACCUAUUGCACUCUACUGGACCUACCCUGCCUGUUGCGGUGGAAGAGAAUCUGGUAUGGCCACAACGAGUUCGCCUUCCUGGAAAGCAAUGAGGAGCAGUUGGCCCAAAGGAAAUGCGAGCAAUGCCUGCCCACCUGCAACGGAGUCAGCAUGAGCAUAACCACCAAUGUGGCUCCACUUCGACGAGCUUUGCGCAGUAGUGGUUACUUGACGGGAUUAUUGAAAGGAUUGACCAACGAAAGACCUCUGGCCAUAAUAAAACUAUUCUUCAAGCUGCGCUUUGCUCAAGCCACGGAAUCCCAGCUAGUUAGCACUUGGGUUGUUUUGUUAAAUCGCUUUGGUGGAAUCCUGUCGCUGAUGUAUGGCUUCAGCAUUGUCAGCUACAUUGAAAUCUUGUACUACUUGACCGGCAAAUGGUUUGUGUACAUUUUUAGAUCUCUGAAGAGGGGAAAUCGUGGGAAGUCUCGACAAUCUCACUCCCUGUACUGGCACGAGCUUAUCCCCAAGACGAUGAGACUCCAGCCGCAGACGACUUACUAA